CACAGUCACGUGAUCAGCACUGAGCGCGCUCGAGAUGCCAACGAUAGAGAGCAAGCCUUUGAAAAUGUCUUCACCUGAUUACUUGUCUUUUGGUUUCGCUGCUAUUGUGGCACUUGGAGGAGUCGUUGGAUAUGCAAAAGCUGGAAGUACUGUCUCAUUGGCAAUGGGACUGAGUUUUGGAGGAAUUGCUGCAUUUGGCGCCGUACAGACUUCUAGGGACCCUAAAAAUGUUUGGGUUCUUUUAGUGUCAUCGAUGGUUCUUGCUGGUGCAAUGGGGUCAAGAGCUGUCAGGUCUGGAAAGUUUAUGCCUGCUGGAUUAGUAGCAACUAUAAGUGCUGCAGAGGCUCUUCGUAUGGGAUACAGACUACUCAAUCGAUAGACCAUGAAAUGAUAUCCCAGUAGUUGUAGGUGAUAGUAGCCAAAAUGUAGUCCAUUACUACGCAUUGUAUAGCAUCUUUUAUUGUAAAACAUACGUGUAAUUUCCAAAUCAAUCCUGGUUCUAUGACUCAGCAGUUAUAGAAAAAUAAAAAAAGAUAGUCUUUC